AUAAAUCGAAAAAAAAAGAACUUUGCUUUUGCUCUCUGUGUUCUCUUGGAGAUCAAGAUCUGUCACCUCUAACGUCCCUAAACAUCUUUGUGUGUUCGCCUGAAUCAAAAGGUUCAACCUUUGCUUCUUGAAGCCCUUUAGGGAGAUGCCAAAUUAGAGAGAUGGCGAGACAAGCGGGGAAGCAGAGUUAUGGCCGGCUUGCGUUAGUGUCAUGCCUCGCUCUUUUAGCAGUGGGACUCAUUGCCGACUUCCUUUGGGCUUCUUCUCAUCGCUUCUCCCCUGCCGGAACUUAUCUUCCCUCCUCAUUCACCACCGUCAUCGGAAAACUCCCUCCUGAAUCCAAUGAGAAAGACACUAAGCAGAAUAAGAAGAAGGACGAUAAAACUCGGGAAAGGAAACUUUCUGACACGUUUCAAGAUUUGGAUGCUCCUCAACUACAAUGGGAGAAGAUGGCACCUGCGCCUGUGCCUCGUCUUGAUGGUGCUGCUAUUCAGAUUAGGAAUCUUCUCUACGUCUUUGCUGGUUACGGCAACAUUAAUCUUGUGCAUUCUCAUGUUGAUAUAUACAAUUUUGUGGAUAAUACAUGGGGAGGGAGGUUUGAUAUGCCUAAAGAGAUGGCACAUUCUCAUUUAGGGAUGGUAACGGAUGGGCGGUACAUUUACAUUGUCACUGGUCAAUAUGGUCCUCAAUGCAGAGGGCCUACUGCUAAAACCUUUGUGUUGGAUACUGAUACGAAUACGUGGAGUGAUUUCAUUCCUUUACCAGUUCCUAGGUAUGCUCCAGCUACUCAGCUAUGGAGAGGUAGACUCCAUGUGAUGGGUGGAAGUAAAGAGAAUCGACAUACACCAGGACUUGAACACUGGAGUAUUGCUGUAAAGGAUGGGAAAGCAUUGGAAAAAGAGUGGAGAAGUGAAAUUCCAAUCCCUCGUGGAGGACCUCACAGAGCAUGCGUAGUGGUGGAUGACCGGCUUUUUGUGAUUGGUGGUCAAGAAGGUGAUUUCAUGGCAAAACCAGGAUCUCCCAUCUUCAAAUGCUCACGUCGUUUGGAGGUGGUAUUCAGUGAUGUUUACAUGCUGGACGAGGAAAUGAAAUGGAAAGUUAUGCCACCAAUGCCAAAGCCGGAUUCACAUAUUGAAUUUGCUUGGAAAGUGGUUAACAACUCAAUUGUAAUCGUUGGAGGCACCACAGAGAAGCAUCCUGAAACCAAAAAGAUGGUUCUCGUUGGCGAAAUCUUCCAGUUUAACCUGAAUACAAUGAAAUGGUAUGUGAUUGGGAAGUUGCCAUACCGUGUGAAGACGACACUGGCUGGGUAUUGGGACGGGCAGUUAUACUUCACUUCAGGGCAACGAGACAAAGGUCCUGAUGAUCCUGCACCGCGUAAGGUAAUGGCAGAGAUGUGGAGAACCAAACUGAUACUGUAUCCAUGAGAUAAGACAACCAUUCAUUCUCCUUUUUGUAGUGCAAAGUCACACAUUCUUUUUAUUAAGUUAUAUUCUUCGAGCUUAACUCAUCCCACUCCUGAAAACAGUCUCUAUAUCUAUCUUCUAUCUUGAAGGGGGAAUUUGUAUAUUGUAAACUAUAAACACAAACUUAUGUAGAAGAUCUCAAGUUUUCAACACAUAACUUUGUGUGCUCUUUAUCUCACUGUUGUCUUCUG